AUGCUCCUGGCCCUCUGGGCGGCCCUGGCGGGCAUCAGCAUGAAUGCCGCUCUCGCCCAGGACUGGCAGGCAGCGCUGCACCAGUUUUCACACCAGGACGACCUGCCGCAGCAGCGCGCCGCGCUGCUGACGCUGCUCGACGCCACCGGCGCGUCGUCCAAGCUCCAUGCAACGCAGCAGGCUCAGGUCGUCGGCAGCCCCGGCCUGUUCGCAUGGGCGACCCCGAACACGUCCUACUGCACCUGGUGGGGCGUCAACUGCUGCAGCGCGACGCUCACGGCGUCGCUGCAGCUGUGCUUGCAGGGCACCAACUCGGUCAGCGGGCUGCAUGUCGUGGCAGUCAAUCUGACGGGGCAGCUUCCCGACGUGUUCGAGGACCUUCCCGACCUGCAGCUGCUCGCCAUCGCCUACAACAGAGGACUGGUCGGGCCGCUGCCCCCGAGCAUCGGAAAGUUGCAAAACCUGUGGUCUAUAGAUGCCACUGGGACCAGCCUGACAUGCAGCGGCGUGGCCCCAUUUGACGAGCCGCGGACGCCGCCCCGCGCGGCCGCCGCGGCCGCGGCGGGCGGCGCGGCGUGCCCGCUGCCGGGGUGGCUGAUGUUCACUGAUGAUUACUACUUCCAGCCCAACAUGCUCGAGUGCCCGGGCAUCACAUUUACGACCCCGAGGGACCGGGCUGACCUCCUGCAGCGCGCGUACGUGGGGGCGAGCAGUCCUGAGGUUUACCUGGAGAGCUUCUAUUACGAAAACAGCCCAAAGGGCAACUUUUGCGGCAGCGCCGACAUGGGAUCUGGAAAGCUCGCCAUGCCGGACGCGUCGGUCGGCCUGCCGAUCGUGGUGCUGGUGAUAUUGGUGCCUUUCCUGGCGGUUUCUGUUGGCCUUGUGCUGCUGUCAGUGGCUCUGAUGAGGUACCUGCGAUACCUGAAGCGGUCUCACGAUGCCAUACAUUUGACGGAGGGCUGGAAGCGCCGCAACCCGCCGGGGCUCAUCAGCGACGGCAACGACCGGGUGCUUCGCGAGGUGACGAUCGUGAUCACGGACGUAGAGGGGUCUACCGAGCUGUGGGAGUGGGACGGCGGCGUCAUGGACGCGGCCCAGGAGAUCCACGACAGCCUCAUGAGGGACCUCAUCAGCAAGUACUGCGGGUUUGAGGUCACCACUGAGGGAGACUCCUUCACAGUCGCGUUCCACGACGCCUUUGACGCGGUCUCUUGGGCACUCGCGAUGCAGCAGGCAAUGCUGGAGGCUGACUGGCCCGAGGCGCUGCUGUCACAUGAGAAGGCGGCGGUUGUGCUGUCCGACCUGUCGGACAGCAGCCGCCCGGGGACGCUGCUCUUCAGGGGGCUGCGCGUGCGAGUCGCGGUCAGCACGGGCAUCCCGACCGUGGUGCAGUCUCACGACCUGACCAGCUCCUUGAGCUAUGCGGGGCCGGUCAUGGACAUGGCCAGCGCGCUAUCAGACCUGCCUGCAGGCGGACAGAUCCUGAUGGGCCCGGCCACUUUCAGCAGCAUCGCGCCGCGGCUGGCGGAGAUGGGGGUGCGGCUGCUGCUGGCUGAGCCCGACGCGCCUGUGCCAGAGGGAGCCCGCAAGUGGUAUCACCUGUUCCGCCGCGCCCGCCACGACCCCGCCUUCGCCCCCGCCGCCUCCCCGAGCGCCCGGCUCGCCCGAGCCUCGACCAACGGGCGGCUCAUGAACGGCUCCGCUGCGCUGCGCGCAAGCGAGCGGCGCCGGCUGGGGGCGCUGCUGAGCCGGGGGUCGUCGCUGGCGUUCGACCCCGCAGCAGCUGCCGCGCAGCUGCCGCGGGAUAUGGAGGCGCCUCCGUCGGAGUCGAAGGGGGCGGGGCGCGGCCACAGGGAGCAUUCUGUAACAGGCUUUGUGGGUGAUGCGCAUGCCGGGGCGCCGCCUGGCGCCGCCGACAAUGAGCACGUGCCCAUGGUGAUAGACCUGGGAAGCCACUGGCUGGAUGGGGUGCAGCUUCGUGGCCAGUGCGACUGCCACGCGUGA